AUGGUUUCUUCGACAGUGUUGUGUCUAGUGUUGCUGCAGGCCGUUGGUGCUCUUGGGUUUCCGGCGACUCUGAAGCUGGAAAGAUCGUUUCCCACCAACCAUGGCGUUGAGUUGAAGCAACUCACGGAAAGAGAUGGUUUAAGACACCAUAGAAUACUACACAAGUAUGCUGAUCCAAAUGUGGUUGUUGGAUUUGAAGUAUAUGGAACCUAUGAUCCUUUUGAUGCUGGAUUCCUAUUACUAUCUAUGAUCCAGCAAACUCGUCAACAUCUUCUGCUAUCUUAUGCUAGGACGAAAGACGUUCUCCAAAAUCCAACUCAUGUUCAGAUAACCAAUGCACCUACGAUCUCCACUAAGGGCUGUAGCACAUCCGAAACAGGACAGAUAAGUCAAACGGAAAGAACACUUGAUGAGAUUAUGGGAUUGGGCAGACAAAUUAUAUCCGUCAUUUCCCAAAUUUCAUCACAAGGGAUUGCACCAAAUUCCUUUGGACAUUGUCUAGCUGGUGGUGAUGGAGGUGGGAUUUUGGCCUUUGGCACACCAGUCAUGCCCGAUCUAGUCUUCACUCCACUUGUGAAGUCAAUGUAA